AAAAGAGCACAUAUUAGCUUUUUUUAUAACUAACUGAUCUUAAAAUUCUUGAUUAAUCGUUUUGGUGCUGUUCAAUAUUAACUGUUAACAGGGCUUCUUUGAUGUCCUUGACUAUGGUUAACUUAGCAGUGAUUGGCCUCGUCGCCGAGGUCUUUGUCGGAUUUGCGGUAGCGACAUUUAAUGGAAAUCUGAACUACGCAAGCCCGUCUCGUCGCCAUUCUGGCCUUGGAAUUGAUGUGCCCCGUGUCUCUAUGCGCAGCCUCAAGCGUGAUGCUAUCGCGUAUAAGGCAGAGGAACUUAGCUUCACACAUGGUAUAGCAUCUGGAGACCCAUACCCAGAGAGUGUAAUUCUAUGGACUCGAGUUGCGCCAUCACUCUCCUCUGACGCAAGUAACAUUACUGUCGAGGGUCCUGUGCCGCUAUAUAGCCAUGAGACGCAGAACUACAUCAACGCAGAUCCAAGCCCUAUCUGUGUUAACUGGAAUGUCUUCUUGAACGAGACGGGGGAGGUUGUAUCGAGUGGCCAAGGGUUCACAACUAGUGAUAUCGACUAUACCGUUAAGGUUGAAGCCACGAAACUGAAGCCAUUCACGGUGUACAAUUACCAGUUCACGAUUUGCGGGUCAAAUAUUACAAGUCCUAUUGGACGAACGAAGACUGCUCCUGUGGCGAACGCUGAUCUGUUAGAGUUGAAACUUGCUGUCUUCUCUUGUAGUAAUUAUCCUAAUGGGUAUUUCAACGCCUACGGAAACGCUGCUCGCAAGGAUGAACAAGAUUACUUUAUUCACUUAGGGGAUUACAUCUACGAAGGAAAUGCAAAGGGCGAGAGAGCCCAUGAGCCGGGAAAGUAUCUGUUCAGUCUUCACGAUUACAGAACUCGCCAUGGACAGUAUCGCACCGACCCGGAUCUGCAGCUCGCUUCUCAGAACUUCGCUUGGAUUACGACCUGGGAUGAUCAUGAGGUCUCAGAUAAUGGAUAUCGAGAUGGUUCAAGUGCUCUCAACAAUACUGAACAAUCCUUCCUGAAUGAUGGUUUCGUCAGCGUGGACCAACGAAAGAUGAAUGCCGUGAGAGCGUACUUUGAGUGGAUGCCCAUUCGACAGAUAGACCUCGAUGACAACUUGAGAGUUUGGAGAUCAUUCCAGAUGGGUAAUCUUUUGGACCUAAUUGUGCUUGAUACUCGAAAUUACGACCGAAGCAUUACAUCUCUUGGCUGGGAUAACGAGUACAUCGAACAAAUCAGCAACGACGCCUCGCGAUCCCUGAUGGGCUCCCAUCAGGAGAAUUGGUUCUACAACCAACUAUCCAAGUCUUCCAACCGAGGCGCAACUUGGCGAAUUAUAGGCAACCAAAUCGUGUUCUCGCACAUCUCUGCAUCUUCUGGGUUCAGCGGUGAUAACUGGAACGGGUACGUCGCAAACAGAAACCGAACGCUGAAGCACCUCUACAACAAUAAUAUCAGCAACACCGUCUUCCUAGCCGGCGACAGCCACCAGAACUGGGUAUCCGACCUAGUCUGGCUCGACGAAAAGCCAUACAGCGCCGAAACCGGCGACGGCGCCAUCGGCGUCGAGUUCGCCGGCACGGCGGUCAGCUCGACGGGGUUUAACGGACUAAUCGCGCCGGCGCGCGCCGAGGCCAUGAAGCUGGUUGAUGAGAAUCGCGUGUUGCAGUGGCAGGACGGGUAUUACCGCGGGUAUUAUCUACUGACGAUAUCGCCGGAAAAGCUGGAGGCGAGGUAUUAUGGCUCUCCUAGCGUGGCGACGCGGAAUGCGUGGGAUUUGCCGUUGGCGAAUUUUACGGUUUUCGCUGGGGCGAAUAAGUUGGCUAGGCCCGUCGCGGGGGGGAGUGUGGAGGCUGGGUUUGUUAAGGGAGGGGUCACGAAUCCGACGAAUAUUACCUUGAAUACGGAGACUUGGGAGUGGGAUAUUGUUGGGUUUGAUAAGAUGUAUAUCACUACGUAGGUGGAGAUGGAGAGCUGGCUGUACGCGGUGGAUCGCUGGACGAUUGCUGUUUGCCCGUUGAAACUUUGCAAUAUUACUGAUGAACGGAAAUAAUUGAUUAAUUCGAGUGAUCGAUCAAUAACGUGUCGAAUGGUCCAGUUUGCAGUCGAUUGAUGUGCAAC